GGUUCAUUUCAAGAUCUGCACACGUACUCCUCAACGAAUCGCCUAGAUGGUAUACCUAAAUAAGGGAAUCCAGAAAUAGGGGGACGCUAUUAAACUACCCCAAAGCAGCCCAGAGGUGAGUCCCGUCGAGACCAGGAAAGACCGCCCGGCUUUGAAGAGUCAGAGAACGUAAUUGCGAUGAGCGAGUGCUCUGUCCAAUCGUCAGAGAAUCCUGUAGCCUCUAGACCAAUGAACAAGCGUCAGGGGCGGGGUCUGUGCACACCCGGAAGUGGGUGCAGGCCGGCAGGCUCGCCGGGGGGCCAUGGCUGUUGCGAUGACUGCAGCGGAAGGGGUCCCGAGUCGUGGAGCCCCCGGGGAAGUAAUUCAUCUGAACGUGGGGGGCAAGCGGUUCAGUACCUCUCGCCAGACGCUCACCUGGAUCCCAGACUCCUUCUUCUCCAGUCUUUUGAGCGGACGCAUUUCAACUCUGAAAGAUGAGACCGGAGCUAUCUUCAUCGACAGGGACCCCACUGUCUUUGCCCCCAUCCUCAACUUCCUGCGGACCAAAGAGUUAGACCCCAGGGGUAUCCACGGUUCCAGCCUCCUCCAUGAAGCCCAAUUCUAUGGGCUCACUCCACUGGUUCGUCGCCUGCAGGUAAGGGAAGAAUUGGAUCGAUCUUCCUGUGGAAAUGUCCUCUUCAAUGGUUAUCUACCUCCUCCAGUAUUCCCAGUGAAGCGGAGAAACCGGCACAGCCUAGUGGGGCCCCAGCAAGUAGGGGGACGUCCAGCCCCUGUUCGACGGAGCAACACCAUGCCCCCCAACUUGGGUAAUGCAGGGCUGCUGGGCCGAAUGCUGGAUGAGAGAGCGCCUCCAUCCCCAUCAGGCCAACCGGAAGAGCCAGGGAUGGUGCGAUUGGUCUGCGGUCACCACAACUGGAUUGCUGUGGCUUACAGCCACUUUCUCGUCUGUUACAGGCUGAAGGAAGCCUCUGGCUGGCAGCUAGCCUUUCCCAGCCCUCGUCUGGACUGGCCCAUUGAGCGCCUGGCUCUCUCAGCUCGGGUGCUCAGCGGUGCUCUGGGUGAGCAUGACAGGAUGGUGGCUGCAGCCACUGGCAGCGAGAUUCUUCUGUGGGCUCUGCAGGCACAAGGUGGUGGCUCUGAGAUAGGUGUCUUCCACCUGGGUGUACCAGUGGAGGCCUUGUUCUUUGUUGGGAACCAGCUCAUUGCCACAAGCCACACAGGGCGCAUCGGGGUGUGGAACGCUGUGACCAAGCACUGGCAGGUCCAGGAGGUCCAGCCUAUCACCAGUUAUGAUGCAGCCGGCUCCUUCCUCCUUCUGGGCUGCAGCAAUGGUUCCAUCUAUUACGUAGAUGUGCAGAAAUUCCCCCUGCGGAUGAAGGACAAUGACCUCCUCGUCAGCGAGCUCUACCGAGACCCGGCAGAGGAUGGGGUCACUGCACUCAGCGUCUACCUCACCCCCAAGACCAGUGACAGUGGGAACUGGAUUGAGAUUGCCUAUGGCACCAGCUCAGGGGUCGUGCGGGUCAUCGUGCAGCACCCUGAGACUGUGGGCUCCGGACCCCAGCUCUUCCAGACCUUCAGUGUGCACCGCAGUCCUGUCACCAAGAUCAUGUUGUCAGAGAAGCACCUCAUCUCAGUCUGUGCCGACAACAACCAUGUACGGACGUGGUCUGUGACCCGCUUUCGAGGCAUGAUCUCCACCCAGCCCGGGUCCACUCCGCUGGCGUCCUUCAAGAUCCUGGCGCUGGAGUCGGCCGACGGUUACGGAGGCUGCAGUGCUGGCAAUGACAUUGGUCCCUAUGGUGAACGGGAUGACCAGCAGGUGUUCAUCCAGAAGGUGGUGCCAAAUGCCAGCCAGCUCUUUGUACGGCUCUCCUCCACUGGGCAGCGGGUGUGUUCCGUGCGCUCAGUGGAUGGCUCGCCCACAACUGCCUUCACAGUGCUGGAGUGUGAGGGUUCGAGGCGGCUGGGCUCCAGGCCCCGACGCUACCUGCUUACCGGCCAGGCCAACGGCAGCCUGGCCAUGUGGGACCUGACUACCGCCAUGGAUGGCCUGGGCCAAGCCCCUGGUGGCUUGACGGAAGAAGAGUUAAUGGGCCAGCUGGAGCAGUGCGAACUGGCCCCCUUGGCUUCCUCGCGAGGCGCUUUCCCCAGCCCCUCACCUAGGGCCUCUCUUACCAGUCUCCACUCAGCCUCCAGCAACACCUCACUGUCGGGCCAUAGAGGGAGCCCCAGCCCACCGCAGGCAGAGGUCCGGCGCCGCGGGGCAGGAAGCUUUGUGGACCGGUGUCAGGAGCUGGUGAGGGGUGCACCAGAGCCUCGGCGGCCACCGACCCCGGCCCCUCGACCCUCCACAGGUCUUGGGACUCCCCUGACACCUCCUAAGAACACUCUUAACGAAACGUCCUUUUGAACCUAACUGCCACAGUGCCUUCCUAUGGACUGGCCCCAGGGGACUUAGGGCCAGGGCCUCCUUGGAGUCACUGAGGUCCCUUAGCCUUCUUUUCCUAAAAGCCAAACUCACCUCCCUAAUAAAACCCUUACUGCCAA